AUGGAUACUAGCGACGCCGAGGGAGACGCGGCUGAUCCCGACGACAGGCCGACAUGUAUCACACCCCCUACGACAGGGCUUCAGUUUCUCCGCGCUGUGCAUGCAGAUAACGCUCGCGAUGAGGAGGAGCUGGCCGAUGGCGGUACCGAAUGGAUGCGCCGUCCUGGCAAGGAGAGUGGCGGCAUGGAAGAUGCGUACGACGAUUGGUGUCCUUCUCCGCGCCCGAUGAAUGACGCUGCUGAGUCCGACGGUGUUGAGGAGUGGAUCGCCUCGCCGCGAAACGAGGUUGCUGCAGAGCCGGCCGAAACGGUUGCAACGCAGGUCGUCGAUGCGGCCACUCCUGAGUCAUCCUGUUCAGUCGCUUCGAAGAAGCGACGGUACACACAGCAGGUUUUGCAGUGGGGAACACCGCCUCCGAAGCCCGUCGCUCCACCUCCCCGUGCUGCCCCACCCCCCAUUCGUCCCCUUACAGACGAGGAGAAGAAGGAGAAGGCGUACCUGAAGGCGCAGAAGAGCUACAAGUCUGAUUGGCUGCCGAAGUUUGACUGGCUGAUUCUGGACAAGACGCCAGAGGGCCGCCGCCGUCGCAAUGCGCAAUGCGGCCACCCUGCCGGGCGCAUUGCGACGAUCCACCACCGUGAUGCGCUAACCCGCCGCUCUCAUACGCUCUCAUUCCCUCUCACCCACUCUCUUACGCUCUCAUUCCCUCUCACCCACUCUCUUACACUCUCAUUCCCUCUCACCCACUCUCAUACCCUCUCAUUCCCUCUCACCCACUCUCAUACGCUCUCAUUCCCUCUCACCCACUCUCAUACGCUCUCAUUCCCUCUCACCCACUCUCAUACGCUCUCAUUCCCUCUCACCCACUCUCAUACACUCUCAUUCCCUCUCACCCACUCUCAUACGCUCUCAUUCCCUCUAACCCACUCUCUUACGCUCUCAUUCCAUCUCACCCACUCUCUCACGCUCUCAUUCCCUCUCACCCACUCUCAUACGCUCUCAUUCCCUCUCACCCACUCUCAUACCCUCUCAUUCCCUCUCACCCACACACAUACGCUCUCAUUCCCUCUCACCCACACUCAUACGCUCUCAUUCCCUCUCACCCACUCUCACACGCUCUCAUUCCCUCUAACCCACUCUCAUACGCUCUCAUUCCCUCUCACCCACUCUCAUACGCUCUCAUUCCCUCUCACCCACUCUCAUACUCUCUCAUACGCUCUCAUCCACACUCAUACGCUCUCAUUCCCUCUCACCCACUCUCAUACUCUCUCAUUCCCUCUCACCCACUCUCAUACUCUCUCAUACGCUCUCAUCCACUCUCAUCCACUCUCAUACACUCUCAACCCCUCCCAUCCCCUGUGA